GCGACGGGCGCGGUGACGCUACUGCAGCGGGCGGGCGGCGGCGCGUGAGGCGCGCGAUUCCCCGUGUCUUGGGAGCAGUGCCCCGGCCCCCGCCGCUCCCGCCGCCGCCAUGUCGGGCCGGUCGGUCCGCGCCGAGACCCGCAGCCGGGCCAAGGAUGACAUCAAGAAGGUGAUGGCGGCCAUCGAGAAAGUGCGGAAAUGGGAGAAAAAGUGGGUGACUGUAGGUGACACAUCCCUUAGGAUAUUUAAGUGGGUUCCUGUGACAGACAGCAAGGAGAAAGAAAAGUCAAAAUCGAACAGUUCAGCAGCCCGGGAACCUAAUGGCUUUCCCUCUGAUGCCUCAGCCAAUUCCUCUCUCCUUCUUGAAUUCCAGGAUGAAAACAGCAACCAGAGUUCUGUAUCUGAUGUCUAUCAGCUCAAGGUGGACAGCAGCACCAACUCAAGCCCCAGCCCCCAACAGAGCGAGUCCCUGAGCCCAGCACACACCUCUGACUUCCGCACAGAUGACUCCCAGCCCCCUACACUGGGUCAGGAGAUCCUUGAGGAGCCUUCCCUGCCUGCCUCAGAAGUUGCCGAUGAACCUCCUACCCUUACAAAGGAAGAACCAGUUCCACUAGAGACACAGAUUACUGAGGAAGAGGAAGACUCAGGUGCCCCGCCCCUGAAACGCGUCUGUGUGGACCAAGCCGCAGUGCCGCAGACAGCUUCAGAAAGCUAGCACCGCCUUGGUGCUCUUCGCCUCCUGGCCCCUGCCUCUAUUUAUUGCAUUCUGGUUCUGGCCGUGCUGUGUUGCUGGGGUAAGGGCAAGCACCGGGGUCCAGAGUCUGCACCUAGGGGCCUUCUGGACUGGAAGGCUGACGUAGGACUUGAGGCUGUAGCAUCAUCUUCCCAUCCUUGACACCUGUGUCUGCUUGCUCCUGAGAAGAGGAGCAUUCAUGUCCUUUUUGCAACCCAAGCAGCUGGAGUUAUCAGCCAUUCUGUCACCUCCAGGUAGCAGUCUCUGCUCCAGGAUCCCUAGACUGAGCUGCUGGCGCUUCUACGAGAGGAAAGAGAUGUGGAAGGCACCUUCUGGAGAAGAGCAUGCCUAGGGUUACUUGAAUUUGAAUGGAGACUGUAGAUUGAUUCAUGGCCUUUCCCAUAGGGCCAGGGCCCUGUCAGUUGCUGUUGGAGAAGGAGUGGGUAGAGACUUUGGAGGGGAGAAGGACCUCCUCUAGGAUGGGAUGGGCCUUUCUGCCCAUGAGGGUAGGAAAGUCCAUAUAGAUUUCUUGCUGUUUUGGCACUUCUGCCCAUUCCUGAGGUUAUGCCACCUCUCGUGGGCUUUUUAGCUGGUGACAGUCCUUUGUUUCCCGCCAUAACCAUUCCCUUCCAACACACACAUACACACAUACGCAGCUUUCCCCAUUUUCACCUGUACCUUUCAUUCCAGCACCCCCGCCUCAGUUCCCUUCUGCCACAAACGCUGCCCCAGCAAGAAUUUGAGGACAGUACCCAUUGCCCACAGUACUCCUUCAGCUCAGACUUUCUAGAAAGUUUACUUUUCUUUGAAAUCUGCAUGUUUAAUUGAACUUUGUGAUUUUAUUUUUUGUUUCAAAAAGUUUAAGAAAAUGGAAAUGGGCAACAGUGAGUGAAGACAUAUUUUAGCACUGAAUAGAAUAUUUUUAAAAUUAAACUAUUUGAAAUAUG